AUGAAAAAUCGUGGUUUCGGUCUCGUCGUUUUCCUCCUCCAACCUAUAGAACGAAACGACAAUGACUCCUCCGAUCUUGAUGAAUUUCAAAUGAAUUUUGCCGCCCAAAUGCACAAUAUUGUCAACGAUGAUAAUAGUACGACAGACUCGAAUGAUGAAACCGCUUUAUUCGGCAGUGACUAUUCGGAUGAAGAUCCGACUUAUGAGCCAGAUCCUAAGGAAUGUUCACCAAAGCAAAUGGAUUCCAAUUCUGAUUUUAUUCCCGAAAGUCCGGAUGUUUCAUUCAAACCGGAAGCUUUAUUUAUGGUGCUGAUUGAUGAAGUUUUAGAUCGAGUUUGGAUUUCUUUAGAAGGUGGACCAUUCAGCAGGAGCCUAUGUUCUAGAUUCAGAUUCAGAAAAGGAUGA